AUGCCCACCGAGGGGCCCACGCUGGAGGACCGCGGUCUGGCGACCAUGUCCCGUUCGUCGCGGAUCGAUCAGUUCCUGGCCGGUGGCGGUCCACCGACAUCGCCCACGAUCCGCGGCUCGUCCGGUGGCAGCGGAGGUAGCAGCGGCCGGACACCGUCCUCAUCGAGCAGUGGCUACGAGAGCCAGCUGGCGUUCCAGCAUCACCUGAUGGCGGCGGCGGCCGCCAGUGGCGGUGCCGGUGGUGGUCCACCACCGCCGGGCGGCCCACAUGGUCACGGUCGGGAAAGUUCCGCCUUCGUGCCCGUAUUGCCGUCGCGCUCUCUCCGACCAGGCUCUAUGUACGGGCCGCCGGGUGUCCUGGACGGUGGUCCAUCCGACGGCGGCUUGUCGAAGGAGGGUGGCCCCAAGCGGGGCUCCAGCUAUGAACUGAUGGCAAUGAUGGCCGACAAACGCAAGGAGCUGGCGCUCCGGGAAGCCGCAGCGGCCGCCAUGAUGCUGCCUCGUCCGGGCGGACCGCCGGUACAGUCACCGUCGGGGAUGUACGGGCCGCCGGGUGCGUUCCUAGGCGGUCCGGGCCCAUCGCCGACGUCGGCCGGCACGUUCACGUUUCCGCCGGCCGGCCUGGGCGUCUACCCGCCCGGCGUCGUCCCGCCCGGCAUGCACGCUGGACUCGACCGGCGGCUGCUGCGGGCGCCGGGACGCGCGUCCCGGCCGAAGAAGCAGUUCAUCUGCAAGUUCUGCAACCGCCAGUUCACCAAAUCGUACAACCUGCUGAUCCACGAGCGGACGCACACCGACGAGCGGCCGUACUCCUGCGACAUCUGCCUGAAGGCGUUCCGGCGGCAGGACCAUCUACGAGACCACAGAUACAUUCACUCGAAGGAAAAGCCGUUCAAAUGCACCGAGUGCGGCAAGGGGUUCUGCCAGUCGCGCACGCUGGCCGUCCACAAGAUCCUGCACAUGGAGGAGUCGCCGCACAAGUGCCCGGUGUGUAACCGAAGCUUCAACCAGCGCUCGAACCUGAAGACGCACCUACUGACGCACACGGACCACAAGCCGUACGAGUGCAACGCGUGCGGCAAGGUCUUCCGGCGGAACUGCGACCUGCGGCGCCACGCCCUUACGCACACCGUCGGCGACGUGCCGGCCGACGGACUCGGCGUCGACGACGACGGGAACCAGCUGAGUGACGGUGACGAGGACGAGACGGUGCUGGAGGUGGACUCGCCGGUUCACUCGCCAGCCGGCCGCAAUCGGUCACCGUCGCCCCCGAUGGACAUGCCAGUGUCGGCCGAGUUGGACGAUGACGAUCGGCGAGAGGACGAACGCCGAGGUGGUGGGCCCGCGGUCGGCGAGGAUGACGACGACGAGGAGGACGAUUUGAUCAGUGUUGCGGGCCACGAGCCCGACCCGACGCCCGUCGUCCAGUGCCAUCACGAGCGGCCGAUGGGCUCCAAGAGUCCUUACACGAUGCGGCCUCAGUACGACCACGGCAGCCGCUCAUCGAUCUCGGCCCACCUCGCUGGCCCCAUGCACGGCGAACCCGAUCACGGACAUCCGGCGCCGGACGUGUUCGUUCCGAUGCUGCACGUCCGACGCGAUCUCCACCACAAGCUGGGCCUGAUUGGACGCGCCUCGGCCACGAUCACCAGCGGCGGCGGUCUGAUGGAUCACCCGGCGGUGGGCGGGGGGUUCUUGGGACACAUCCCGCUCCGCAAGCGCGCCAUGGGUCCCGACGGUGAACCCCACCCGAUAAUGGCCGCCCGUGGGCUGCUGGCGACGCAGCCGCUCCAUCUGCAGCACCCCGGUGGCCGUGGCCAUCCGAAGAGCCACGGGCACCACCCGGAGGGUCCACCGGACUCGCCGCUCCGUGAAGCCAUCCCGGUGAUGUCACCCGGUUCGUUGCCGUCCUCAUCGCCCAUCCUGCUGUCACCGCACCUCCCGACGGGACUGGCGCUUCCCCCUCCGCCACCACCACCACCGGCACCGUCAGCACCGGCGCCGUCUUCAGCAACCGGUCCGGACCGGUCGAUGGCCGUCCCGAUGAAUCUGGCCAGUUUGCCGGUCGUCACAUCGAACGGAAGCAGCUCCACACCGCCCGCUCACCAUCCUCCCGCGGUCCCUUCCACCUCGAAAGUGGCCACCACCACCCUCGGGAGUCCAGCGUCCACCUCCGGGAGCUCCCUGUCUUCGGUUGUCCCGGUGGCCGUACCGGGGCAACCGGUGCCACCGCCAGUUGUGGCACCACGGAAAACCGGUUUCAGCAUAGAGGACAUCAUGCGACGCUAG